ACUUCGGCUAUUCCCAUCCCUCUGCAUCUUUCCUGGAUAAGUGGCACCGUCAGGCCCCAUCCCCUCCCGGCCCAACCGCCAUGGCUCGACAACCCAACCAGCCAGCAUGCGAGGGCCCCCCACACGCCUCCCACGACGGCGACCUCUAUGCCAACGGCGACGACGACGACGACGAUGACGACGAGAAAGUCAACGCCAAGGCCGACAGAAUCAUCAGGCAGGAGUUGCACCCGGAUGCCUACCACGAGAUCGACCAGGAACUGGAGCUCGACUCCCGAGCCGAACGGCUGCUCAUCCACGUGUGGCACCUCAUGGUCCUACUCCAGCACGACCGGUCCCUGGCGUGGGAACAGGAGUACCAGAUAAGAGAUCUAGCACAAGAGGUGCAGCGCCUCAGGAGCGCGCUACGCGACAGCAUCUCGGUUAGCGACAGGGUCGACCCGCCGCUCAAGCCGCGCACCGCGCUAGAGGUGGUGUAUGAGGGGAGAGUGAAAGCGGCUGAGAGCCACGUCGCCGACCUGCUGACGAAGAACUGGGAGCUCAAAUGGCGAUGCAGGGACCUCCGAGAGCAUACCAAGUGGCUAGAGAUGCAGCUCCGGGAGGACGUCUCGCCCGGCGAUGUCAAUUGGCCGUCAUUGGAGCCCAAGACCGCGCUCGAGAGCUCUCUCGAGAAGAAGAUUCUAGAGCUAGAAGAAAAGAUGCACAACCCCAAGGGGAGGGGCAGGUCCAGCUCCGUGUGAAGAAGCUGCUUUGGGCUCCCUUGCGUCUUGCGACUGGUGUUUGCUUUGUUGCUUUGGAAAGGCUGGGAGAAAAUGCAGUUUUUGACUUUGGUAGAUGGAGGUGGUUGCGAUAGGCUUUUCAGGCUCCGCUUUGUUGUGCGCGUGACUUCAUCGGUUGGUUUUCAGGGGUCGGCGUGUUGGCAUGGACGGCACACUUUUCUUGGAAACCUACCCAACGUCAGAGCCUCCUCUCGCCCCUCCAAUCCACUAGCCACCGCGUGCGGAAAGGGAGGUCC